AUGGGGGGCUCUGAGGCGCCCACCCUCGUCGGCAACAACGCCGCCGAUGGCAGCAACGACUGGCACCUUAAGCACAAGGUCGUCGCCGCCGAAGCCCGCGACCGCGCUGCUGGCUUCCCGCGCCGCGAGCUCGGCGUCACCUGGACGGGCCUGACCGUCGAGGCCGUCAGCUCCGACGCCGCCAUCCACGAGAACGUGGGCUCGCAGCUCAACAUCCUGCAAAAGGUGCGUGAGUCGCGCCGCGCGCCGCCCAUGAAGACCAUACUCGACCACGUCCACGGCUGUGUCAAGCCCGGCGAGAUGCUGCUCGUUCUCGGCCGCCCGGGCUCCGGCUGCACGACGCUGCUCAACGUGCUCGCUAACAACCGGAGGGGGUACGCGCGCGUAGCCGGCGAUUUGCACUUUGGCGCGCUCACCGCGGACGAGGCCCGCCGGUACCGAGGGCAGAUCAUCAUGAAUACUGAGGAGGAAAUCUUCUUUCCGACGCUCACCGUAGGCCAGACGAUGGACUUUGCGACCCGCCUCAACGUGCCGUGGACGCUGCCGCCGGAGGCAAAGGACGACCCCGAGGCGUACCGCGUCGAGGCGAGGGAGUUUCUGCUGCAGUCGAUGGGCAUCGAGCACACGCAUGACACAAAGGUCGGCAAUGCCUUUGUCCGCGGCGUCUCCGGCGGCGAGCGCAAGCGCGUAUCCAUCAUUGAGUGUCUGGCCGCCAGAGGUAGCGUCUUUUGCUGGGACAAUUCCACUCGAGGUCUCGAUGCUAGCAGUGCCCUCGACUACGCCAAAGCCAUCCGGGCCAUGACGGACGUGCUUGGCCUCUCCUCCAUCGUCACCCUCUACCAGGCCGGCAACGGCAUCUACAACCUGUUCGACAAGGUGCUCAUCCUCGAUGAGGGCAAAGAGACCUUUUACGGCCCGCUGUCUGAGGCGCGGCCCUUUAUGGAGGCACAGGGCUUCAUCUGUGAGCCUGGUGCUAAUGUCGCCGACUUCCUGACCGGAGUCACCAUCCCCUCGGAGCGCAAGGUGCGGCCGGAGCACCGGCACGCGUUCCCGCGCACCGCCGACGCCGUCCGCGACGCCUACGAGGCGUCCCCGCUGCGGCCGCGCAUGGCUGCCGAGUACGACUACCCGACGACUGUGCGCGCGCGCGACGCAACGGCCGACUUUCAGCGAGCCGUCGCCGGAGAGCGCCACAAGGGCCUGCCGGCAGCGAGCCCCUUCACAGUCGGCUUCCACCAGCAAGUGCGUGCGUGCGUCUCGCGCCAAUACCAGAUUGUCUUGGGUGACAAGCCCACCUUCUUCAUCAAGCAGACGACCAACAUUAUCCAGGCCCUCAUCGCCGGCUCGCUCUUCUACAACGCACCGGGCAAUACGGCCGGCCUGCUUUCCAAAUCGGGCACACUAUUCUUCUCGCUCUUAUACCCUACCCUCGUGGCCAUGUCCGAGGUAACGGACUCGUUCAAUGGCAGGCCGGUCCUGGUCAAGCACAAGGCCUUUGCCUUUUUUCACCCUGCCGCAUUUUGCCUGGCGCAGAUUGCUGCCGACAUUCCCGUUCUGCUAUUUCAAACAUCUACCUUUUCUCUGAUCCUGUACUUCAUGGUCGACCUGGACCGCUCCGCCGGCGCGUUCUUCACGUAUUGGGCCAUUGUACUGUCCGCCGGCUUUUGCAUGACGGCCUUGUUCCGUGCCAUUGGCGCCCUGUUCCGGACCUUUGACGAUGCCUCCAAAGUCUCCGGCGUUGUCGUCACCGCCGCCUUCCUGUAUGCCGGCUUCCAGCUCAAGAAGCCCGACAUGCAUCCUUGGCUGGUCUGGGUGUUCUGGAUUGACCCUCUUGCGUAUGCCUUUGAUGCCCUGCUAUCCAACGAGUUCCACGGCAAGAUCGUCACCUGCGUCGGGAACAACAUCAUCCCCAGCGGCCCCGACUACCUCAACUCCACCCACAGCGCCUGCGCAGGUAUCGGCGGCGGAAAGCCGGGAACGUCCUUCAUCCUCGGCGACGACUACCUCGCCUCGCUGUCCUACAGCCACGCCCACCUCUGGCGCAACUUUGGCAUCGUCUGGGUCUGGUGGGUGUUCUUCGUCGGCGUGACGGUAUGGGCUACCUGCCGGUGGAAGUCGCCCUCGGAGAACGGACCGAGCCUGGUGAUUCCCCGCGAGAACAGCAAGCACGUCGCCGUAAGUGCUAACCACUCCGAUGAGGAGAACCAAAACGACAAGGAGCUGCCUGCCGUCACGACAGAUGGUGCCCCCUCCAGCACCGAAGAGGAAGGCAGCGACUCGCUUCAGGCCAAGCUCGUCCGUAACACGUCCAUAUUCACGUGGAAGAACCUCUCGUACACGGUCAAGACACCCUCCGGCGACCGGCUCCUGCUCGACAACGUGCAGGGCUGGAUCAAGCCCGGCAAUCUGACGGCUCUCAUGGGAUCCUCGGGCGCCGGCAAGACCACGCUUCUCGACGUGCUGGCGCAGCGCAAGACGGAUGGCACCAUCACCGGAUCCGUGCUUGUCGACGGCCGCGCGCUGCCCGUGUCCUUCCAGCGGUCCGCGGGCUACUGCGAGCAGCUCGACGUGCACGAGCCGUACGCGACGGUGCGGGAGGCGCUCGAGUUCUCGGCGCUGCUCCGGCAGAGCCGCGACACGCCGCGCGCCGAGAAGCUGGCGUACGUCGAUACAAUCAUCGACCUACUGGAGCUGCGGCCGCUGGCGGACACACUGAUUGGCGAGGUCGGCGCGGGUCUGUCGGUCGAGCAGCGCAAGCGCGUCACCAUCGGCGUCGAGCUCGUGUCCAAGCCGAGCAUCCUCAUCUUCCUCGACGAGCCGACGUCCGGCCUCGACGGGCAGUCGGCGUACCGGACAGUCAAGUUCCUGCGCAAGCUGGCGGCCGUCGGGCAGGCGGUGCUGGUCACGAUCCACCAGCCUUCGGCGCAGCUCUUCUCGCAGUUCGACAGCCUGCUGCUGCUGGCUAAGGGUGGCAAGACGGUCUACUUUGGAGACAUUGGCGAGAACGGGCAGGCCGUGAAGGACUACUUUGGCGGCUACGGAUGUCCAUGCCCACUCGACGCCAACCCGGCCGAGUACAUGAUCGACGUCGUCUCGGGGAACGCCAAGGCCGAGGGCGGCGGUCGAGACUGGAACCAGACGUGGCUGGCCUCGCCGGAGCAUGCCAAGAUGACGGCCGAGCUCGACGCCAUCGUCGCCGAGGCGGCGGCCAAGCCCCCCGGCACUGUCGUCGACGGCCACGAGUUCGCGACGCCGAUGGGUGAGCAGAUCCGCGUCGUCACGCGCCGCAUGAACGUCUCCCUCUGGCGCAACACCGAGUACGUCAACAACAAGGUGAUGCUGCACAUCUUCUCCUCCCUCUUCAACGGUUUCUCUUUCUGGAUGGUCGGCGACUCCUUCGGCGACUUGCAGGCCAAGAUGUUCGCCAUCUUCCAGUUCAUCUUCGUCGCCCCCGGCGUGCUCGCCCAGCUGCAACCGCUCUUCAUCAGCCGCCGCGACAUCUUUGAGACGCGCGAGAAGAAGUCCAAGACGUACUCAUGGUUUGCCUUCACCACUGGCCUCAUCGUCUCCGAGAUGCCGUACCUCAUCGUCUGCGGCGUCAUUUACUACCUCUGCUGGUACUACACCGUCGGCUUCCCGGGAGCGUCGACUCGCGCCGGCGGCACCUUCUUCGUCAUGCUCAUGUACGAGUUCCUCUACACCGGAAUCGGCCAGUUCAUCGCCGCCUACGCGCCCAACGUCGUAUCCGCCACGCUCGUCAACCCACUCAUCAUCGGCGUGCUUGUCUCCUUCUGCGGCGUCCUGGUCCCGUACGCCCAGAUACAGCCCUUUUGGCGGUACUGGAUGUACUACCUGAACCCCUUCAACUACCUCAUGGGCAGCAUUCUUACCUUCACCAUGUGGGGAAACGACGUCCGCUGCAAAGAGAGCGAGUUUGCCCGCUUCGACCCGCCGAGUGGCCAGACGUGCGGCCAGUACCUUGAUGCCUACCUUGGCUCCCAGGGGCCCGGGUCCGUCGCUAACCUGGUGAACCCCGAGGCCACGGCGGACUGCAAGGUCUGCACCUACACGGUAGCGCAGGACUACCUGCGUACGCUCAACCUCAACGAGUACUACUACGGCUGGCGUGACGCGGGCAUUGUCGUCCUCCUGGUGCUUAGCUCGUACAUUCUCGUCUACGUUCUGAUGAAGCUGCGUACGAAGAGGUCCAAGCAGGCAGAGUAA